UUUGGAACAACAACUUUAUUAGCACCUGCCGCUAGGCGGAGAAGGGGUGAGCACGAGAGAGGAGAGGGGGUUUCUCCGGCUUACGGCCCGCCGCCAACUGAGCCUGCUAAGCGGAGAAUCGCCGUAGUCGGACGACAGGGUGUCGAGACAAGAAUAAAGACGGGGGCAACUCAGACGACUGGUGGAGGCGUUCGACGAGAAAGCAAGGCCUUUAAGCCGGGACUCGGGGUGGAGGUGCAGGGGGGUGGGGAGCGGACCGGAAAUAGGGAACUACAACUCCCAGAAGGCCGAGCGGCUAAGUCCCGGAUGCCGUGGCCGUGAAGUGUGAUGGGACAGGUAGUUUUGCGAACGACUUAACCUAGAGGUUUUUCGUAGUUGGACGUUCUGAGGCCUAGGGUGCCCGGAGCGGGAGAGCGAUGGAACUGGAGCAGAGAGAGGGGACCAUGGCAGCCGUGGGUUUUGAAGAGUUCUCAGCGCCGCCAGGCUCGGAGUUGGCGCUGCCUCCGCUGUUCGGUGGCCACAUCCUGGAGAGCGAGCUUGAGACAGAAGUGGAGUUUGUGUCCGGUGGUCUGGGCGGCUCGGGGCUCCGGGAGCGAGAUGAAGAGGAAGAGGCAGCCCGGGGCCGGCGGCGGCGCCAGCGGGAACUAAAUCGCAGGAAGUACCAGGCGCUCGGUCGGCGCUGCCGGGAGAUCGAGCAGGUGAACGAGCGGGUCUUGAGCAGGCUCCAUCAGGUACAGAGGAUAACUCGGAGGCUGCAGCAGGAGCGGAGGUUUCUCAUGAGGGUGCUAGACUCCUAUGGCGAUGACUACCGGGCCAGCCAGUUCACCAUCGUGCUGGAGGAUGAGGGCAGCCAGGGCACAGAUGUCCCCACCCCAGGCAACGCCGAGAACGAGCCUCCAGAGAAAGAGGCGCUGUCCCCACCCAGAAGGACGCCAGCACCCCAAGAACCCAGCAGCCCAGCCCCUGGUGAGGGGCCCAGCGGGCGGAAGAGGCGGCGAGUGCCCCGGGAUGGACGUCGAGCGGGAGCCGCGCUGACUCCGGAACUGGCUCCGGUGCAGAUUAAGGUCGAGGAAGACUUUGGCUUUGAAGCGGAUGAGGCCCUGGAUUCAAGUUGGGUUUCUCGGGGGCCAGACAAACUGCUGCCCUACCCCACCCUAGCCAGCCCCCCCUUUGACUGACCCCCCAAUAAACUGACCCCAGACUCCCCUUGGC